UACGCUUUUUUUUCCGGCCGUCCUCUGGUUUCACGGCAGGGGUGUACGUACCGGUGACAAUCUGCGCUCGAAAAAUGAGCGCAGUGACAUGAACGAACUCCAGGAACUAUCCAAGUCAAACCUGCCCAUUUGAGCAAAUUCAAGAUGGUUUUGGAAAGCGUUUCCAGGAUAAUCAAAGUCCAGCUGCCGGCCUACCUCAAGAAGCUUCCGCUACCGGAGACGAUCGGUGGAUUUGCAAGGUUAACAGCACAACAUGCAACCGCCUCAGUCUGUCCUAACCACCAAGUGAUGCACAGGCAUGACAGUCCUGGGCUAGAAGUGUCAGAGUGGCUCCGGUUGCUGCCUCUCCUGGGAAUCUUGGCUUUGCUGGGCUAUCUGACCAUUCGCCCAUUCCUGCCUAAGAAGAAGAAGCAGAGAGACAGCCUGAUCAACCUGAAGAUCCAGAAAGAGAGCUGCAGAGUGGUCAAUGAGAUAGACAUCGAGGACCUCAACAGCGCUAAUAUGUGUUACUGUCGCUGCUGGCGUUCCAAAACUUUUCCAGUUUGUGACAACUCACACUUGUUGCACAAUAGGCUAACUGGAGACAACGUGGGACCGCUCAUACUCAAAAAGAAGAUACUAUAAUUGACCGCAAAUGGGAGUUGACCUCUCCCUUUCCCAUCUUUAGUUUUCAAUUCUUAACAGUUUGUAAUUUUGUCCAUUUUUUUUUUUUAAGUUUUUUUUUUUAAAUUUUGAUCUUGCCUUGGUGUCAUGUUUAUGUUGGUCAGAAAAAGUAACUUCCAGAGUCUUUUAUCUGAAGUGGUCCUAACACAUAAAAACAUGAAUUUCCACAAU